UGGUCGGAAGAGCGUCAGAUGAUCGUCUCCCAGCAAUUUUCAAUAUGGCGGCGUCGACAUAACCUGUGCUGAGAAGCGUGGAAGUCGGUGCUGGUUGGUUCUGCUGCUUCUGGGAAGGAAAUAUUCUGGGUUGGAGGAUGAGUUAAAGAGACUAGGAGGAGGAUUAUAGAAAAGAUGGAUCUGAAGUGCUGUGUAUUUUCUUUCCUUUUUCCGGUGCUGCUGCAAGCUUCCCAGUUCUGAUCAGACGCAGAAACCUACAGCCAGCAUUGCGGAGUAAGAGCAUAAUUAUGGUGGUGUGCAAACAGCAGCCAAUCGAAAAUUCUCAAAAAUACUCAGGAAGAAGUCUGUACUAAUGAAAAGCAAGUGUCUCCUGUGGAUUUGGACUCUGGGAGGCACCUUACCUCCUUACAGAAGGGCAGGAACGCUACAGAUUCAAAAGGCCUGGAAUAUUUCACCUUUAAUUGCUGUUAAAGUCAGAAAUAUUUUUGUGAAAGCCAUGGAUGGUGAUCAGCCACAAUGUAUGGAAACAGCUGACUUGAAUCUGGAGCAAAAUGUGGCUCAGUCCCCUAUCGUGAGCACUACUGGUGGCAGUGAGGCAGUAAAGAAUGGAGGAACCCUGGUCACUGAAGGGAAGGGGAAAAUAUUUUUCCCAAGUGCCAAUGAAGUGUUCUACAACCCUGUUCAGGAGUUUAACAGAGACCUUACGUGUGCAGUCCUUACGGAAUUUGUACGGCUGCAGCUUUCAUCAAAAGGGAUUUCAAUUGCAGUCCCUGGAGAAGAGAAUGUCUCAAAAGUGAUUGUGGAUCUCUCGAAAGGGGGAAAAGAUGAUGACCUGGAGCAGACACCUGGUGGUGAUGACCAGCAAGAUAAUGAGGAGCAUGAAGCUGUGAAAGUGGGAGAAGUAUGCCAGGAGGGAGUCCGAGUGCUGGAGGCCUUGGCUGCUUCUGGAUUACGCUCCAUCCGGUUUGCAAAGGAGGUUCCUGGCCUUCAGAGAGUGGUGGCGAAUGACUUAUCUGCCAAGGCUGUUGAGCUAAUAACCAAAAACAUCCAGCUCAAUGAUGUCGGACACCUGGUGACUCCAAGCUUGUCAGACGCCCGGAUGCUGAUGUACCAGAGCAAGGCAGACAGAGACCUCUUUGAUGUCAUUGAUCUGGACCCGUAUGGCAGCCCUUCGAUGUUUCUGGAUGCUGCGGUUCAGAGCGUGAGUGACGGAGGCCUGCUGUGUGUCACAUGCACCGACAUGGCUGUAAUGGCUGGGAACUCCGGGGAGACCUGCUACAGCAAAUAUGGGUCCAUGUCUAUCAAGGGCAAGUUCUGCCAUGAGAUGGCCCUGCGGAUUAUCCUGCACAGCAUUGAUCUGCGAGCCAACUGCUACCAGCGCUACAUUGUCCCACUCCUGUCGGUCAGUGCGGAUUUCUACAUUCGUGUUUUCGUCCGGGUCUUUACUGGGCAAGCCAAGGUUAAAGCUUCUGCAAGCAAACAGGCCUUUGUCUAUAACUGUGUGGGCUGUGGCUCCUUUCAUAUGCAGAGACUUGGCAAAGUGGCUCACAAUGGAAACAACUUCAACUACAAGGCUGCCUGUGGGCCUCCUGUGGGACCAUCUUGUGAGUAUUGUCAGCAGCGCCACCAGCUGGGUGGCCCUCUGUGGGCAGAGCCCCUGCACAAUGCAGAUUUUGUCCAGCGAGUCCUGUCAGCAGUUGGGAGCAACCCAGCACGCUUCCGAACAAGCCAGCGGAUUCAGGGCAUCCUGAGCAUGGUGAUGGAGGAGCUCAGUGAUGUCCCUCUCUACUACACCCUUGACCAUCUCAGCAAAACCGUCCGUUGCAGCAGCCCUUCCCUGCUACAGUUCAGGUCAGCUCUCCUCCAUGCUGGUUACCGGGUGUCACUGUCCCAUGCCUGCAAAAACGCCAUCAAGACAGAUGCGCCACCACCUGUGCUUUGGGACAUCAUGCGCUGCUGGGAGAAACUCAAUCCUGUGAAAAGAGAGCGCCUUUCCGAGAGCAGCCCAGCUGCCCACAUCCUUUCUGUAGAACCAAAGCUGCAGGCAUCCUUCACUGUCCGGGCGGAUGCUAAUCCUAGCUCACGAAAGCAAGGCCUCAAACGGUUCCAGCUAAAUCCAGAGCCUUUUUGGGGCCCAAAAGCAAGAGCCAAAGCUGGGGGUGGGAUCUCUUCCUCCUUGCAGGAAAAGAGAAAGCUACACCAGAACAAGAGGAAAGAAUGUGCAGAACAGAGUGAUGGGGCCCACCUGAAGAACUUUCCCUGCAAACGGUUCCGGCAAGGCAACUGUUCACUGGGGGACAAGUGCUGCUACUCCCAUGAGACGGAAGGAAAGACGGCAGAAAACAACCCAGCACCAUCUUGAUGAGAAACAGUCUUUGGUAUCUGCUCCCUUUUGUUUUAUAUAUUUGUGCUAAAUGGAGAGCCUUUAUUUUCAAAUGACUGUCCAUUUAUGAUGUGCCUGCCAUUAAACAAUGGUGUUAGCUUUUGAUGGUU